GCGGCACAAUACGGAAGUGCGAUGGCGGCCGCGGCGGAGGAAGCAGCGGGAAGCGGCCGCGGCUCCCCGUCCUCCGCCCGGCGGCGGCUGCGCAUCAUCUCUGGGCACCUGCGGGGCUCGCCACGGGCUCCGGAGCGGGAAGCCCUCUGCCCGAGUCCCUGCAAGGCACAGGAGGGCUCCUCCGGGCCGACCUCCGGCUCCAUCCCAAAGAAGCGACAAGAACUUCUGAAGUGGAAUGGAUGGGGAUAUAACGACUCCAAAUUCAUCUUCAAUAAGAAAGGUCAAGCAGAAUUCACAGGAAAAAGGUACAGAUUAGGUGGCAUGGUAUUACCAACUUUUAAGGAAUGGAUAGAAAAAACCUUUGGAGCAAGUCUGGAGCACAAAACUACCUCUAGAGCAUCCUUAAAUGUUAAUGAUGUACCUCCAUCCAUUGUAAAUGAACAAUUUCUUCAAGAUCUUAGAGCCACUAAAAUCUCAUAUUCACAGGAUGCAGAAGAUAGGGUAUUCAGAGCUCAUGGUCACUGCCUACAUGAGAUAUUUGUACUCAGGGAAGGAAUGUUUAAGCGAAUUCCUGAUAUAGUUGUAUGGCCUGUGUGCCAUGAAGAUGUAGUUAAAAUUGUGGAAUUAGCCUGCAAACACAAUCUCUGCAUAAUACCAUUUGGUGGAGGGACAAGUGUCUCUAGUGCCCUUGAAUGUCCUGAAGAAGAAAAAAGAACCAUUGUCUCACUGGAUACAUCACAAAUGAAUCGUAUCCUCUGGAUAGAUGAGAAAAACUUAACAGCUUGUGUGGAAGCUGGCAUUGUUGGACAAGAUCUGGAAAAACAGCUUGCGGAAAGUGGCUUCUGUACAGGCCAUGAACCAGACUCCAUGGAAUUCAGUUCACUAGGAGGAUGGGUAGCAACACGAGCAUCAGGCAUGAAAAAAAACAUCUAUGGAAACAUUGAAGAUCUGGUGAUUCAUAUAAAAAUGGUAACUCCUAGAGGAAUAGUAGAAAAAAACUGUCAAGUACCUCGCAUGUCAACAGGACCUGAUAUCCAUCACUUCAUUAUGGGAUCUGAAGGAACUCUUGGAGUGGUUACUGAAGUUACAAUAAAGAUUCGUCCUGUUCCUGAAUACCAGAAGUAUGGCUCUGUGGUCUUCCCUAACUUUGAACGAGGGGUGGCCUGCUUAAGGGAAGUGGCAAAGCAGAGAUGUGCUCCUGCAUCAAUUCGUCUUGUUGAUAAUGCACAGUUCCAGUUUGGUCAUGCCCUUAAACCACAAGUUGCUUCCAUUUUUACAUCAUUUUUGGAUGGACUGAAAAAAUUCUACAUCACAAAGUUUAAAGGAUUUGAUCCCAAUAUACUGUGUGUAGCUACCUUGCUCUUUGAGGGUGACAGAGAGAAGGUUCUUCAGCAUGAAAAGCAAGUCUAUGAUAUUGCCACCAAGUUUGGUGGCUUAGCAGCAGGAGAAGAUAAUGGACAGAGGGGAUAUAUGCUGACAUUUGUCAUCGCAUACCUUCGAGAUCUGGGCCUGGAUUACUAUGUAAUAGGAGAAUCAUUUGAGACAUCUGUUCCUUGGGAUAGAGUUUUGGACCUUUGUAGAAAUGUAAAGGAAAGGAUAGUAAGAGAAUGCAAAGAAAAGGGUGUUCAGUUUGCUCCUCUUUCAACCUGCAGGGUGACACAGACAUAUGAUGCAGGUGCAUGUGUCUACUUCUACUUUGCCUUUAACUACAGAGGAAUUAGUGAUCCUAUUCAUGUCUAUGAACAAAUUGAGAGGGCUGCUAGGGAAGAAAUACUUGCCAAUGGAGGAAGUCUGUCACAUCACCAUGGAGUAGGCAAAUUGCGGAAGCGCUGGAUGAAGGAGAGCAUCUCUGAUGUUGGCCUGGGAAUGCUGAGAUCUGUUAAGGAAUAUGUGGACCCUAAUAACAUCUUUGGAAACAAAAAUCUUUUAUAAAGCCCUGCACAAUGUGAUGUACUAAAACUUCUUCAAAAUUACUGUCAAAAUUCCUUCACUUUCACUGUAUUGAUAUCCCAGUAAUCAAAUAUAACAUAGACUAAACUUUUUAAAGACUAGGAACUUACACUGAUUUUUGCCACCCCCUUUCCCUCUCCCUCUGUGAAUUACAAACAUCACUGUUAACAUUUAUGGACUUCUAACUUACUCUUAAACAACCCACUGGGCACAAAGUGUAUUUCCAACCAGGAAAUGCAAAUUUGGUUUUUCAGGUUUGCUUAGGCAACACAGCUGACAGUAUUUUCAGUGCUGGAUAAUGCCAGAAGUUUCCUACUAAAGCAUCCCCUGCAUGGAGAACAAAGACAUGACAACGGUGUUUUCUGGAGAAGCAGCUGCUGAAUCCAUCCUCUUGCUAAAGGAAAGCUGCUGAGAGAUGAGAGAACACUAAGGAGUACUUCACGAUACUGAAGGAUUAAGUAUGUAACAGACUUGUAACCAGCAAAUACUGAAAGUACAAAUGUAGGCUUUGAUCAAGAGACAAUGCAACUCGAACUACUUCUAAAAUCUCAGUAGUCCCCCACUGUAGUGCUGUUGGAAAAAAUGUACAGAACUGUUCCGAGUUGUAUUUGCAUUGCUGGGGUAAUCUUAAAUUGUCAGUCGCUAUAAGUUUUGUACAAUGGACAUUUCUCAUUGUAUGUUGAAAACAGGUUUGUAACAGAACUUUGCAUUCAUCUGUACUUCAGUCCUCGUGUGUAUGGGUUUUGCUCCUGUUUUGUUUUGCAGAGAUGCAAAAUAUCUUUUCGAGUUUAAAAAAAGUUUUGGCUAUUGAAAUGAAACUGCCCAGCACUGUCUUUUGAAACAGUCUCAACAGUUCAAUAAAAUACUUAAGUGGACAACAUACUGUCAUCCUGAAAAUGAGAUUUCCCAUUUUAGUUUUGUACAGUUUCCUAUGGCCUUUACGAAUCAUUUAUUCACUUCACUAAUAGCCACAAUUUUAAUUGUCCAUUGAACUUUAAGAAAAUGAAAUAUUUUCUUGAGCAGUAUCGUAUGAGAGUAAGCAUUUUUACAUUUGAACUUGAAUCUUAAUCAGUGAAACAAAGUGUUUGUCAAUACUCAUGAUCCAUUUUUAAGGUGGGUUCUUUUCUUAAUGCAAAUUAUCCAACUUUUUGAUAAUUAAUGUAUACGAUUGCACAGGAUAUUAAAAAUACAGACUAUUCCUUUUGAGGGCUCUGUCUCUCUGGCCAACUGCUUCACAGCUCUCUAGUGUCAGUUUGGACACCUUUUGUAUUGGUAGUGCCCUUAAUAGGAGAAAAAGGUAAACCUGCUUUUUUUAAAAAGUACUUUAGAAUACUCAUUGACAUGCUUGAAAUAUUGCAUAUCAGACAAAUCUGAACUUGUUUCAUUUCAGUUCUAGAAUUAGAUGAUUAAAAAAGAAGAAGAACACUCAAAAUGUCACUUUAAAAUGCAUGCUGUCAGGGUACUUAAGGAAAACUUUCAUGAUUCUGCAGGUCAUAAAGCACAAUGUGAUAUUUGUGAUGCUGCUAGAUUUAUUUCAAAUGGUCUUUGUUUCACAACAUUUCAACAUGAUCUACUUUUUGUGGUUUUGGUUUUGGCCCCCAAGAAUUCAUAUUUCAGCAGCAACCCAAACAUAGCUGUAGUCUGGUUUAGGAAACUGAGUCUUCGCACUGUUAAGUGUUCCUUAAGUACACGGUGGUGUCUCAGCGAAGUGAAGGGGGCUUCCUCAUCCGGCAUGCUGCAUGAUGGUGACUACAUGGCCAUAGCUGGCAUCUUGCUGAUGACCUGUAUUACUUGGAAAUGGUUAUCUGUUCUAGGAGUUGGUGAAUAUGAAGGGUAUUUGUGCCUCAAUGAAAGUAUAUGUCUAGAUAUGAAGAAUCAGUUCUGAAGUAUGUGAAGCCUUUUUGCAGAAUGACAGCACAAACAACUGAAAAAAGUAGUUACAGCUCAGUAAGUUCAGUCUCUUAAGAGACUUUUUAGUCUCGAGGUUUUGACUUGGAGUACAACAUAGCUCUAAAACAUCCUCCCAAUUCAUAAUUUUUCUGACUGUGGUUUCUUCAUCCCUUUUCUUGUAUCAGAAUUAUAAAGGCAAGAACUUCUUAUACUCUCUAACCUUUAAACAGUCACUGGCCCCUGAAGUGAUUUAAAAUGCAGUAAAGAUUUUUACCGCAUGUCAGUUUUCCUGUGGGAAAGUGAAAUAACAGGCUAUGGGGGUCCUAAACCAAUGUCACUGGAUAGCUCUGAGGAAAAUAUUAGCUACAAAUGGAAUGGAUUUUUUUUUUUUCUUAAUGGCCGCUAUUGCUGUCUUCCUAAAUAUUUUUCAAUCUUAUAAAUUGGUGGGAGCUUAGAGAAACUGCAGCUGAAGUGCCUGUUUUACUGUCUUUACCACAUUUAAAUUCCUAAUGAAAACAGAGAAAAGAGUAAUGAAAGUACAGGAGACCUAGAUACAUACAGACUAUUACCUAUUUGUUUCAAAGAAAUCUUCACUUCCCUGAUGCUUAAGUCUUCCACCACUCUGCCGCUUCUGCAUUCUCUAUUUUCCUUCCAAAGAUCUCACCUCCCAUAGCUGCAGCCUGUUCAGAGAUGGAAUAUCUUAGCAUAACACAUUUUUUUUCCAUUUGUUUUAAUUAGAAUUGUCCUGACUUCCAAUUUCACAGCUUCUGCUUUUUUUUUUUCUUGAAGGAGGGAAGAUGUAGAGUGACCAUGGCUUGACUGUAAAAUGUAUUUACAUUAGAGACACUUUCAUACAAGUUUUGAGGGGCAAGAAGAAAAUCUGCCAGAAAUGGAUUUGGGAUCUAAAUCCUACAAAGAAGAGAGUGUCUCUUCUUGACUUGACUUACAGUAUAUUGGUUGAGUUAGAGGUGUCAUCUUUGCCUUACAGCUGUGAACAGAGACCAGGCCAAAUAGUUCUUCUGUAGCAAUGUUAAUUAACUGAAACCAAUUUGAAUGGCAGGGAUGCAUUCACACUGAAAACCACAAAACACAAAUUGCUUCUCAAUCUCGGAAAUGUAUGGUUAUCAAGGUUGUAAUUUAACUUUCUGCAAAUAAAGCCAAACAGUGUUUGUCAUUUUAGUGUGAGAUUAACUGUAAAAUUUCAGUUGUAAUGUUAAGAGAUUAUAGAACCUUAUAUUAUUAAUAAAAAGAAAAUGAGCCUAAAGAA